AAAAAAGUUAAAUUGGCGUUUGCUUCUACACGCUCUCUGUCUCUCUCUCUCUCUCUCUCUUUGGGCUUCAACGGCUUUCUCGUCUGCGCAAAUUUUUAAAACCCUAAAGAAUUUUCCCGAGAAAAUGAUUUUCCCGGAAAAUUCCAAAUUGUGAAUGGAAGAUUCACCGAUAAACCUCACUUGAAAAACGUAAAUUGAACAAAAAUUUCAGUGAGGUGAUAAGUCGGAGAGCGACAAUGGCAGAGGUCGAUCUGACGAAGAAAGUGGCGGAUAGGUAUCUGAAGCGCGAGGUUCUUGGUGAAGGUACCUAUGGAGUCGUCUACAAAGCCAUCGAUACGAAGACGGGACAGACGGUUGCUAUUAAAAAAAUUCGUCUUGGGAAGCAAAAGGAAGGGGUGAAUUUCACAGCACUUAGAGAAAUUAAACUGCUUAAAGAGCUGAAGGAUCCGAACAUUAUUGAGUUGAUUGAAGCAUUCCCGCAUAAAGGAAACUUGCAUCUUGUAUUUGAGUUCAUGGAGACGGACCUUGAAGCUGUUAUACGUGACCGGAAUAUAUUUUUAUCACCAGCUGACAUAAAGUCAUAUCUUCAGAUGACUUUAAAAGGACUUGCUGUUUGCCACAAGAAAUGGGUUUUACACAGGGAUAUGAAGCCUAACAACUUGUUGAUAGGAUCUAACGGGCAGCUUAAACUGGCAGAUUUUGUAGCACGAAUAUUUGGGAGCCCAGAUCGCAGGUUCACUCAUCAGGUUUUUGCCCGUUGGUAUAGAGCACCUGAGUUGUUAUUUGACCAGCAAUAUGGACCUGGGGUAGAUGUUUGGGCUGCAGCUUGUAUAUUCGCUGAACUUCUCCUACGCAGACCCUUUUUGCAGGGAUCAAGUGAUAUUGAUCAACUAGGAAAGAUUUUUGCGGCUUUUGGGACUCCAACACCUUCUCAGUGGCCUGAUAUGGUAUACCUCCCGGAUUAUGUGGAAUACCAAUAUGUUCCAGCACCCCCUUUGCGUUCAUUGUUUCCAGUGGCUAGUGAUGAUGCCCUAGAUUUGUUAGCGAAGAUGUUUACCUAUGACCCCAAAGCUAGAAUAUCCGUACAGCAGGCAUUAGAGCACAGGUACUUUACAUCUGCGCCUCUUCCUACAUAUCCAGAUAAGCUUCCUAGACCUGCUCCAAAGCGGGAGUCUAAGGGUUCAGAUUUUAAUCCAAAUGAUGGUCCUACUGUGUUAUCACCUCCACGAAAAUCAAGGAGAGUGAUGCCAGAGCGUGAUGGUUUUGAAGGAAAUUCACACGUUGAUAAGAUUGAUGAUCGUUUUGGUGAAGCCAGACAUGCUGCUGGUGAAAAUACAAGCAGGAAUGAACCGGUGCCAAUGUCAGUUGAUUUUUCUAUCUUUGGAGCAAAACCUCCAAAUAGACCUACAAUUAAUAGUGCUGACAGAACACAUCUAAAGAGGAAACUAGAUCUUGAAUUUCAACUGCCUGAAUAAGAACAUUCUAUGCACAGAAUCAUAUACCGUAUUUGUUUGAAAGAUGUAAGAUUGCGGGUCUCACAUUAAUGAGGGGUGAGAUAACAUUCGGUGAAGUCGAAGAUAAUCAUGAUGCAGAUAAUUAUGUUUGGAGGCAUACAAAUAAUUUGAUGAUAUUAAACCGAAAAUUUGUACCUAGCCCAUGUAAGGCUAAAUUUUGAGAGCUUUUUGUGUUGUGUUGCUACAUUAUUUUCGGUGUCGAAUUGUUGUGGGUAAUUACUGAUUGGGUGCCAACAUUCAUACUGUUAUCGAACUUACAUACGUUGUAUUUUUUAAGAUGAAAGACAAUGUAAUGGAUUCAUGUUGCCUUUUUUAUUCUUGAUGA